AUGAUUGCUUUCCAGCAAAAAAUUUUAGACUUGAUCAAGUGUUUCAGAAGACAAUGGCCUUUAUUUUUAAACUCUGAAAGGACGACUGUAUGUGGAGCAGACUGCAUGCUGAUGGUGUUACAACUGUCAAUGGCUGAAGUCAAUAAGCAGCACCACGGAGAUUUCACAGUAUCACUUAGUGAUGUGUUGGAAACUUGGAAAUAUUUGUUACAUGACAAACUGGGUUUAUCAUACGAAAACAUGAAAGAACCUGAAAAUUAUGCUGACUUAAAAAAAGCCUAUCAUGCCUUCUUAGCAAGAAGCAAUAUGUUAGAUUUAAUAGACGUAUGUCAGAAGUGCUGUGGUCUUGGACUUGUAUCUGAAGAUAAAAGCAUAGACCCUGUUCAACUGUUGGAGUUUAUUUCUGGCAUAAUGAAUGGACAAGAAAAUAAUGGUUCUGUUCUUCCUACUCCUUCUACACCAGUCAAAAGUCAGGGCCAGGAGAAUGUGAAGGUGACAAUCCUGGCAAAGAAGUGUGUUUGUUCAUAUUUAAGCCUGUUGGUGAAUUCUAAGGAUGAUCUAGCAUUGGCUCAUAUUCUAAAUGUUCCUGACAGAGGACUUGGUAGAGAAGCCUUCACUAACCUCAAACAUGCCUCGCAGGAGAGAAAAAUGUCCAUUUUCCUGAUGGCAACAUCUUUUAUCCGAACUGUAGAACUUGGAGGAAGAGGCUGUGCAUCUUCAUUAUUUGAUCCUUUAAGAGUCCAUGUAAAGGAGCUUUCAAACUUUGUUAAUUUUAUUGACAAGCUGCAAGAAAUUGUUGGUGAAAUCUUAAAUCCAAGAAUCGCAGGGGGGCGAAUUCUGUCAACAGUGAAGAUGCAUUUGAUAAAAGGCCGAAGCAAUGGGGAUCCUUUCUGUCAGGCAGUAGAGGAAGUUGUACAAGAUUUGGAUUUGAAGAUUAAAAAUAUUAUCGAUUCACAACAUGAAGUCUUGACUGCCAGUACUACUGGAGUCAGUCCAGCACGGCCAAAAUUGCAUUCCAUAAAUCAUGGCACUGUGUAUUGUGGCAGAGAUACUGUAAAGGUCUUACUAGUUCUUUUGGAUGAAGAAGCUGUCAAUCCUCCUACCCAGAACAAAGCAGAACUUUUAUAUGAUGAUGAAAGCUUAAAUUUGUUUGGAAUCACCUCUGUUUUGACACUGUUCAGGUGA